AUGGAACAGGAGUGCCCCUCAUGGUUUGGCCAUUGCGCAAGCGGCGGCGGCACCGAGUCGAAACCCUCGUCGUCAAACCAGAACGACGGCGCGCUCGAGGCCGUUGAGGAAGGGCGACUCAGGGUCCAACAUUUGAACAACCAUGACGCGCAUGUCGACAACUGCACGAGCGAGGUCCAGGACGGCCAUGCAGACGCGUCGCAGUCGCGUGCCAGGGAGCACCCCAGCCAUGUGCGCGCCUGGACAUGGGACGGGAGAGACUGGGCCCGGCAGGCUCACCAGGUGCGAUCCAACCAACGCGUGCUGGGCCAGUGCCUAGGGUAA